CAGAGAGAGAGAGAGAGAGACUUGAAAAUACAAGAAGAGUUUUGCAAAGAGUUAGACAAUCAGGGUCUGAGGAUCUCUCUGUUGCAUGGCCUUAUCAUUAACAAAAGCCAAGAGUGGGAGGUUGUGGAGCUCUUCUCAUCUUUGUGCAGACCCAUUGAUGAGAGGGUCCCAACAACAGUGAGACCCACAACACUCAUGCUUUCUCUCUCCCCUCUACUUCGACCUUUGAGUUACACCUACUGCCUUCCUUUGGAUUAUUGCUCUUUUAAAUGCUGAAGGCGCCUGUGGAGGACUGAAAGAAGAAUCUGCAAGGAGGAUUAACUCUGCAGCUAUUUUGUUUAACUUUAACUUUUUUGAAGUUGGUUUUAUUCAUCAUCACCAUCUGUAUGAGAUUUUCUUCAGCUGGAAUAAUGCCUUCGUGGUGGAGUAGAAGCUCCUGGUUUCCUGUGGUGUUUGGUGCUGCGCUGGUUGUUCUUACCGCUGGCAAUGCUGGACCGAACCAGGACAGGAGGCAGGCUGGGUCCUCCUCAUGCUUUGGAGGCUUUGAUCUUUACUUUGUUUUGGACAAAUCCGGGAGUGUGCAGAAUCACUGGAAUGAAAUCUACCACUUUGUUGAACAUCUAGCUCAUAAAUUCAUAAGUCCACAGUUGCGGAUGUCCUUCAUUGUGUUUUCCACUGAGGGACGGAUCUUGAUGAGCCUGACAGAAGACAGGGAACGCAUUCGCAAAGGUCUGGAGGAGCUCCACGGAGUACUUCCUGGGGGAGACACCUUCAUGCAUGAGGGCAUCCUGAGGGCCAGUGAGCAGAUAUACUAUGGAAACACUGAAGGUUAUCGCACUGCCAGUGUCAUUAUAGCUCUGACAGACGGAGAGCUGCACGAGGAUCUCUUCUACUAUGCUGAGAGGGAGGCCAAUCGCUCCCGAAGUCUGGGUGCCUCAGUUUACUGUGUGGGGGUGAAGGACUUCAAUGAGACACAGCUGGCAAAGAUUGCUGAUAGUAAGGACCACGUCUUCCCUGUGAAUGAUGGAUUUGAAGCCUUGCAGGGGGUCAUUGACUCGAUCCUGAAGAAGUCCUGUAUUGAGAUCCUGGCAGCAGAGCCCUCUAGUAUCUGUGCAGGAGAGACCUUCCAAGUGGUGGUGAGAGGAAAUGGAUUUCUCCACGCCCGCAAUAUCGAUAAGGUUCUGUGCAGCUUCCGCAUCAACGACACCGUUACUAAGAUGGUGAAGCCUUUGAUUGUGGAAGAUACAUAUCUUCUCUGCCCUGCACCAAUACUUCAAGAUGAGGGAAUGGCAGCAAACCUUUAUGUUAGUAUGAACGAAGGUCUUAGUUUCAUCUCCAGUUCGGUCACCAUUACCACUGUGGGCUGUUCUGAUGGGACCAUCCUGGCCAUAGCUCUUCUCAUCCUGAUGCUGCUCCUGGUCUUGGCUCUCCUCUGGUGGUUCUGGCCUCUCUGCUGCACUGAGAUCAUCCAUGAGCCCCCACCGCCGCCUGUGGAGGACAGUUCGGAUGAUGAAGACUUUGAAGCCCCUAAGAAAAAAUGGCCAACUGUAGAUGCCUCCUACUACGGAGGAAGAGGGGUUGGGGGAAUUAAAAGGAUGGAGGUUCGCUGGGGUGAAAAAGGCUCCACCGAAGAAGGAGCAAAGCUGGAAAAGGCCAAAAAUGCCAAAGUGAAGAUGCCCGAGCAGGAGUAUAUGCCGCCACCCAUGCGAGUUCUCAACAACGGCAUGCACAAACCCCCAGGGCCCCGAAAGUGGUACUCACCCAUCAAGAGCAAACUGGAUGCAUUGUGGGUGCUUUUAAGAAAAGGCUACGACCGUGUGUCUGUAAUGAGACCUCACCCAGGUGACAAGGGCAGAUGCAUGAACUUCACCCGCAUGAAAUCUCCCCCUCUUCAGUACCCGCACUACCACCAACCAUCUCCCAUCUACAACCCUCCACCUGCGCCGCAGGGGACCCUCCCAUCGACUCCCAGCACCGCUCCAUCAUCUCCAUCGUUCUCCUCUCUCACCCUUCCGCCACUGCCUCCAACCCCUCCUCCUACCUCCACCACUCCCUCCCCUCCCAUCACACCUCCCCCUUACACGCCACCUCCCAACCGGGCUCUGCCUCCGACCACCCUGCACAUACCCGCCCCGCCAGCGCUGCCACCCGGGCCUGUAGACCUCUGGCAGCAGACAGGAGAGUUUUAAUUUAAAAAGGCAACUCAGAGUCCCCACAACAAUCAGCACAUGACCAUCCUUGAUUGUACCUGCAAGCGACAUGUGAGUGCCUCGUGCCACGCUCGGUGGGCUGUGGCCUUUCUGCCUUGUGAAGUGGAGCAGUGAGGCCUUGUUUCCAGCUAUUUGUCUACAGUGACUUUUGUACACAUUUAGCCCAACAGUGCAAUUGCUCGGAUGCUUGAAUUACACAGACAUUCCCUACAAAUGAGGUCACGCAGGCCCGGCUCAAAAACAUUUGACUCCAUGGUCCGUCGAGCUGCUUCAGGGCCUGUUGUCCCCUCCAUGAGCUCAUAACAUUGGAUGAAUCCUGACCAUGCAGAGGAACAACAGCUUGUACUAAUGCCUCUGUACAUUGGCCACAGUCAUGGUUCGAAAUGACACUCAAAUCUGUGUCUGUGUAACAUUUAUAUCUUUCCUGGUAAGAGAUAAAAGACUCAUAUGCAAAUGUUCCACACACAGCAGAUUUAGAAGAAUCUGAGAAAUCCCUGAUUUUGUACUCUUGAAUGUUGAGCAAUUGCAUGCAGUAGUGUUUGAGUCAGCAUUUUUGUACUUUUUUAUAACGUUUCUACCUUGUUUUAUACAACAUAAACACAUUUUUUAUUUGUACUUUUAGCGCUGAGUAGAACACAUUUUCUGAGUUGUCUUUUUUUUCAUCAUUGCUGAUAAACACAUGUACAGUAAGCGUAUUGAAACAGCGAUGCAACGUAUCAGAACUUUUGACUUCUAUGCCGUAUUAAACCAGCCUAAUGUGAGUCAUUACUGGCCUAUUUUUUGUGCACACAACAAUAAAUUGGGAUUUAGACACCAAAACACCCCAUUACUUCAACUGACCUGACCGAGAUGACCAAUAUGAUAUCUGACUAUCAAUAUGUGGACAGAAAAUAUGUCAGUCAGGGAAAAGCUUUGCACAUCAUCUUACUCAUCCGCCCACAGCCUCUAGCAAUAUGUGUAAACAAUCAUUUUGAUAUAACCAUGUGUGUUCAGAUAUCUGUGUGUGUGCGUGUGUGUGUCAGAAAGACAGAGAGACAAGCCUACUAUAUGUAUUUGUGACAGCCAGUCCUACAGUGACCUGAGUCUGUAUGCCAGUUUUAUCAACUUAUUUUUGCACAAGGUCCUUUCACAGCAUGGGACAUGAUAAAAUAAUUCUGUUUCAGGGGUCAAAUAAAGUUCAGUGUAGAUUAAAUAAAAGGUUAAUAUGCAGCUGUUCUUUGAUGGUGAUCCGAGGAGUGUCUGCAGAAUGCAGAUUACAAGCUCAUCUUCAAUCAGAAAGGGUCUUUCACUCAAAGGGGUCUCAUGUAAAUGUCACGGCAUAACUGAAAAGACUGUAUGUAACUUUCCACCAAUACAGUAUGUAGACAUAUGUUUGUUUCAUUCAAAAUGAAAGUAAACGAUUUAAGUGUAUUAAAUUGAAAUGUCUUUCAGUAUUUUUCUUCAAAUACAAUUACUGACCUGUAAACCAUUGUAAUUUCUUUACUGACAAUGUAAAAACAGCCACUGAGCCACACUUUGCUCUCAGACUUGAAUGAGUUUCUUCAAGUCACUUUUUAAUCACACAGUGCUCC